AUGUCUUGUAAGAUUAUUUACUUAAAGAAAGCUGAUAAUGUACUACUUAAUCCAUUCGAUGAGAUUCUCAUUAGUCGAGAACAAAAGAUGAAAGAUUCAAAUGCGAGAUAUGGGAAAAUCCGUUUCAUGUUCUAUAAAAAUGUUGAACUAGGAAAAUAUGAUUUAAGGUGGCUCGCAGCUUUCAUGCCGAAGACAUUAAGCCGCAUACGAAAUAUUGCCUAA